GUGGGGCGGGGCAGAGGGUGGGGCUACCGAGCUGAAGGGCGAGGGACUCUCGGAGACUACGGCUCGAGCGGGUUGCGGCAAACAUGGCGUUGUGGGUUCGCUCUGCAGUUCGCGCUCUCAGGCUCUGGGGCCGGGGUGGUGAGCCGACCUGGGCCCGCCGCCAUCGCAUCGUGGGCGGGGGCACGCCCACAGCCUGCUCUGCUGGCGUCUCGAGUGCCUUUGGAAAUGGAGGCGCCGGGAAGGAAGAGAAGCUCUGCCUACGGGACAUCGCAGAGCUGAUUGGAGCCCAGGCCCGCCAGAGGGUGGUGGUCAUGGCGGGGGCUGGCAUCAGCACGGCCAGCGGCAUCCCGGACUUCAGAUCCCCCGAGUCCGGCUUCUACAGCACCUUGCAGCACUGGGAUGUCCCGUACCCGGAGGCCAUUUUCGAGCUCUCGUUUUUCUUGGACAACCCCAGGCCCUUUUUCACAUGGGCCAAGAACAUGUUCCCGGGGAACUUCAAGCCCAACGUCAUCCACUACUUCCUUCGCCUGCUGCACGACAGAGGGCUGCUCCAGCGGCUCUACACGCAGAACAUUGACGGUCUGGAGCGCGCCUCCGGCAUCCCUGGCUCCAAGCUGGUCGAAGCUCACGGGUCCUUCGCUUCUGCCACCUGCACCGCCUGCGGAAAACCCUCCCCGGAGCAGGACUUCUGGUCACCUUCCAAGUCCUCUCCAUUCGCUGUGAAACACCUGCGGAGAGGUUUCCUCCACCGUUCAAAACGGUUUUUGAACUUGUUCGUUUUGAUGCCUCUUAGUGCUUCUGCCAUUUUUUGGUUUUACCUCUUCCACCUUGGCAAGACAUUUCCCUUGGAACCAAAAAAAUCAUCACUCAGGCUGCUGCACCGGUGCAGAUGGGUUCCUAGCACUCUCACCUGGCAGGGCGGCUUGGACUGCAAGGGGCCCACACGCCAGAAGGCCGCCGUGAUGGCAGACAGAGUCCCCCGCUGUGCAGCCUGCGCUGGCCUGGUGAAGCCCGAUGUCGUGUUCUUCGGGGAGGCGCUGCCCGAGAGGUUCUUCCUGCACCUGGUGGACUUCCCCACCGCAGAGCUGCUGCUCAUCCUCGGGACCUCCCUGAAGGUAGAGCCGUUUGCCAGCCUGUCUGAGGCUGUGCGGAGCUCCGUGCCCCGAGUGUUCAUGAACCGGAAAGCAGUGGAGUCCUUGCGUCCUCGAAGCAGGGAUGUGGUGCAGCUCGGGGACCUGGUGGACAGCGUGGAAAGGCUGGUGGAGCUGCUGGGAUGGACGGAGGAGAUGAGGGACCUGGUCCAGCGGGAGACCUCGAAGCUCAGCAGACCAGACAGAUAGAGGGACGGCUGCGUGGAGUUGCUGCCCACUUCCGAACAGACCUCACGCCUGAAGAGCAGCUUGAGCAGGUUCACAGAUUUUGGCCAAGCCGAAGCACAGGGCUGUUGCAGGCGCAUCUCCCCAGGCCACGGGCACACUGGGUGCCGCCCCCUUGGCCCUCUUCCCUCCACUGGACGCUUGGUGCCGACUGCUUGUCCGGAAUAUGGCCCUGGCCUGCAGACCGCAUCCAGCUCCGCAGUCGGCCCAUCCCAGGCGGAGCGGGUUGGGUCCCAGGUGUGCUGGGCUCUGGAAGGCCAGUUUCCUUAGCAGGGUCAUUUUUAGUUUGUCCUUCACACGUGGCACUGAAAUAAACUUCACUGUGGAAGUGGGGUGUCCCCUCAAAGGGGAUUCGGGUGCUGAAAAUUGUGGAAUGGGGACCUCAGGGGUGCAGGGACAGCUGUCCCUGACUCAUUCCUCACAGAACGUCCCCACGUCCUGUGUGCCCUCAUGUCUUCCCUUCACGUUCACUUCCCCCCUCCACCUGUUCCAGACUCGCUGGACUCUCCCCACCAGGCCUGCCAGGAGGGCAGCUUGGAGGGACCCCCAAAGUGUGGGUGGCACCCCUCUCCCUGGCUGGCCUGGACUGCUGGGGCCAGUGGUGGGCUGGCACCUGCACCCUCUGCAGGGGCGCCCCUCCUUCCGAGGCCAAGACCCUGGUUGGGAGCUCUCCAGGCUUCACUGACAGAGCCUCAGACGGCUCUGGUGGCCUCCGUCCCUCAAGAAGGGGUGACAUGAGUGGUGACGGGAGCAAGCUUGGCGGGGCGAAGGACAGGCUGGGCUGGCCAAGAAGUGCGUCAGGUGUCUGCCGUGAAAUGAGACACGCUUUCCACUUUCACCGAUAGCUUUAUUGAAUCGGAUGUGUGGAGUCUGCUGGCCAUUUCCCGCUGAACACCUUCCGCAGCACCGGACGGCCUCCAGCACAGGCUUCUGUGACCACAAUGUCAACAGCACCCAAAACUUCAAAAACCAGUUUUGACACAUUCAACCAGUCACAGCACCUUCUCCCUGCACUGCACAAGUCUUUUGUUUUGGUUGUAUUGUUACCUUUCUUGAAAUAAUAAAGCACGAUAUACCCAAAACAUCACAUACUGUCUUCCAUCUCCACAUUAAAAUGGCUGCACAAGAA